AUGCAACUCGUCUGCAUUCCUUCCACCGCCCUCAGUCGCGCUGCGCGGGCCCUGCGCAAUCGCCUUCUCAGCUCAAAGUCUCUCCUCCCCGCCCGCGCUGCAGCUGCAUCGUUUAGGAAUUCAAUACCACGGUCUUCGGCUUUCCACUCGCCAUCCCACGGCAAACUCAAACACCAAGUGCAGCCUGCAGCGCUUGGUACGGUUGCCGUGCUUGGUAAUGGACUGCCCCUAGGCAAAAACUCCCACGCAAUUGCGAGGGAAAGCCAGGGUCGCUCCAGAGCUGGAAAGCAAAUAAGCUCCUUCUACCAGCAAUGGGAACACGGGAGCUUCAUGAUCAGAAAGAGCAAGGUUCUUUAA